AUGUACCACCAGGUUCACAGUCUGGACGCUCCAGGUCAAAAGUUUAGGACCAAGGGAGGUGAUGUCCAGUUUGUGAACCGGUGCCGCCUGUACAUAGAUGAUGGCGAGGAGCGCAAAAACAUUGCCAUGGGUAGAUCAUUGAACUCAGAAGUCAUUGAUGAAAUUAAUACAUAUCUUCUUUCCUGUAAUCCUUUCAUCAAUGAUUUCCGUAGAUUGAGUGAUGAGCCUUCAGUCAACGCUCAUUUGGAAUUUGAAGUGACCAGCAGAUCUACCCAUGGCCCUGUUCUUGGAGAUAGGCAAACAGGCAUUGAAGUGCACGCUGUAUUGAGCAAUGAAGACACCAUAACUGAUCCAAGAAAAUUGACCAUCUGGAAGAAGAGUGAUAGGCGUCCGUCUUCCGUUGACCUCUUUAGCCCCUUAAUGGAGCCUUUCCAAUAUCCGUUGCUCUAUCCUCAAGGUAAUUUAGGGUGGCAUAUUGGGCGCUUAGACAACCACGGGGGGAAACUUUCACAAUACAAUUACUCUAGAUGUCUCCUCCUCUCCGAUCCCCGUUUCUCGCAUUUCGGCAGGCUGUCUCAAGCAUGGCAGGUCGAGAUGUUCGCGAGGUACGAGGAGGAGCGUCUAAGAUUUAUUCGUUUCUCCCAAACGCGUUCUGCUGCUCAAAAUUCCUUGAGGAUAGGACCACUGGACGAGCUCCUUGAAGCUCAACGGGGUAGGCAAGCUGGUGGGCAGGUUUUAGGCGACAUCACUCGCGAUGAAACAGUCUUGGGUGAGGGUGGGGUGCAGGCUGGAAAAGUUUACCUCCCAAGUUCGUUUACCGGUGGACCCAGAUACAUGAAGGUACAUUACGAGAACGCAAUGGGCCUUGUGUCUCGUCUGGGUUCACCUACGUUUUUCCUGACGUUCACCUUCAGUGCUACUUGGGAGGAAAACAAGAAGGCCUGCCCUCACAACAGCGGGCGCAGUGACCCCUCAACAGCCUGCAGAAUCUUCCAGAUUAAACUUGGCGAACUCCUCCGAGAUCUGCGCAGCGGAGCAAUGUUUAGCCGUCCGGCACGUGACAUUGACUCCGUAAUACGCGCAGACAUCCCUUCGGAGGAGGAAGCCGCUGGAAGACUCAGGAAGUUGGUGCUGAAACACAUGAUUCAUGGUCCAUGUGGUACUGACCACCGCACCGACUUCCUGUGCUGGGACUCUGCAAAGGGGCACUGCAACAAGUUCUACCCCAAGCCUGCCUGCCAAACCACCCACGGGGACGAGAGGGGGUUCGUCCAAUACAAACGAGACUACACAAACGAAGGCUUUAUCACAUCACGGAGGAGACAGAUCAAAGUGCAUGAUGGCUGGGUCGUUCCGUACAAUUCCGCAUUACUGCUCAAAUACGAGGCGCACAUAAACUUGGAGCUUGCUUCUACUCGUCGCGUAAUCAAGUACCUCUUUAAGUACCUCAUGAAAGGCGGUUCUCUCCAGAACGUAACCGUCACUCCCCUGGGGAAACAAGAGGAUGAGGUCGAGCAUUACGUGACGAAGAGAAUGGUGGGUGCCAGCGACGCAUGCUGGCGUCUUCUCGACUUUCCUGUGUCAAAGCUCGAGCCCACCGUUGAGUGUCUUCCCGUGCAUUUAGAGGGCAAACAAAGUGUUGUCUUUCGGCCGAGACAGCUCUCUGAUGCAGUCACUCAAGCAAGCUCCAAGCUUAUGGUCUACUUCAAUCGCCCGCACCAUGAAACUUUUGACAAUGUCACGUACCAGACAUUUUACGAGAAGUUCAUGGUGCACACUAAGCGCCCACGUACUGCGGAAUUGUACGAACACCCCGAUGGCCAUCACUUUGUAACGACUCGCCAGCGUGGUGAGAAGGUAUGUAGGUUGAUGUGGGUCUCUCCCAACCGAGGAGAACAAUACUACCUUCGUAUUCUACUUAUGUCUACACCUUGCCGUGGUUACGUUGAUCUUCUGGCUCGUGGCGGUCCUGGUUGCCGGACGUUUCAGGACGUAGCCCGCAAUCUCGGCCUGGUGGAAGACGAAGAAGAAUACAAUCACGCGCUGCGCGAGGCAUCUACGUUUAUGACUGGACCUAGGCUCCGUUCCUUCUUCGUGAUCCUCUGCAACAUGGGAGCUCCCGCUGCUCUUCUGUGGGAGUCUUUCAAGAACCACCUUAGCGAGGAUCACUUAGAAAGGAACCCUCUCGACCCUGAACUGGCGGUGAAACUUACCUUGAUAGACAUCGAUCGGAGCCUCCGCCAGCAGGGAUCGUGCUUGAAAGAUCAUGGACUCCCCUACGUCGAGGAUGACACGACUGAGUUAGGUAGAGAGCUACUCAACUACGGCGAGAACCUCCAGCGAACCAUCGUUGAGGACUGGGUGCCCAAACUCUCCCCAGACCAGCGCCGUGUGUUUGAGUACGUUCGCUCUCUGCUUCUCAACCCCCGUGACCGACGCACUUCUAGAAUCAUAUUUCUGGACGGUCCCGGGGGUUAUGGGAAGACCUCUCUGAUUCGUGUCAUCCUUGCGUAUGUCCGUGGUUGUCGACAGGUUGCACUCGCCGUGGCUAGCUCAGGGAUUGCUGCAAGGAACAUGGCUGGAGGAACAACAGCACAUAGCAUGUUCCGACUCCCUCUAGACCUAGGUCACGGCACAGGUGUGUGGAACAUCACCAACGGGUCCCAGCGAGCAGAACUCAUCAGAGCAGCACAGCUCAUUGUGUUUGAUGAGGCCCCGAUGGCACACCGCUACAUCUUCGACAUGAUCGACAGAUCCCUCCGGGAUCUCAUGAAUAGUAGUGUGCCAUUCGGGAAUAAGAUCUUCAUCUGCUCCGGGGACUUCCGUCAGAUUGCGCCCGUCGUUGAGAAGGCUCGCACACCAGCUGAUGUCGCGUGCGUGUCACUUCGGGCGUCACAUCUGUGGCGACUGUUCACACUAUUUUCCCUGACGACACCCCAGAGAACUAGUGGUUCCAUUGACUACUCCAACUUCCUCCUUGGAGUAGGCAAUGGAACAAUAAAUCCUUUACUUUUUGGAGAAGGCCGCGAGAGAGAGUCUCUCAUUCCCCUCACUGGGGUGAGAUGCCUCACUUCUCUCGCGGACUUAAUAACGGAUGUGUUUCCUCCUGGUGUUCUGCGAGAUCCUGAUCUUUGUGCGAGACGGGCAAUACUCUCAACUCUGAAUGUGAACGUCAAGGAGAUCAACGGUCGCAUCCUAGACCUCAUGGACGGGCGCAUUCAUGAGUUGAGAAGCGCGGACACCGUGGACAGAGAAGACGACGACGGGCUGGAUGUGGACGUAAAUCUCCUCAACCAGGCCACUGGCAAAGGAGUGCCAGAUCACGUCCUGCAUCUCAAGGUCGGCUCCGUAUGCUUAAUCAUGAGAAACUUAAAUAUCGGUGAUGGACUCGUGAACGGCACCAAAGUCAUUGUGACGGCGAUCAGCAGCCGACUGAUCACCGUCAGACUUAUCGGCAACACGCAACCUAUCGGAAUUCCCCGGAUUACGUUCAGGUUCGCGUUUGCCGAAGGAUCGCCGCUCCGGGUUUGUCGCCGUCAGUUCCCCCUCAUGUUGGCGUACUGCAUGACUGGUCACAAGAGCCAAGGCCAGACAAUUGAGUACGUCGGAGUCGACCUGAGAACGGACUGCUUCACUCAUGGCCAGCUCUACGUCCUGUUGAGCAGAGUGAGACGUCCAGACGACAUCGUCGUUCUUGUACCAGACGACAGAAUAGUAGAAGGAGUCGCCUAUGCAAAGAAUAUUGUAUAUGACGAGCUCCUUCUAAACACUGAUUAA